ACUGAAGGAGCAAAGAAAUGCAGCAUUUGAACUUGCUACCUUAGCAACCACAGGCGAUGACAGCAAAUUUAAAAUUGUUUCUGAAGGCGGGCUUGAUGUUCUCAUCUCACUGUGCCUAUCCACUGAUGAAUCCAUCCAAGAGUAUGCCAUUGAAGCCGUGGCAGAACUUCUGACGAUCCCUGCCAUCCAAGACCAAUUUGUAGAAAUGGGAGGUGUAUCAACUCUUACUACAUUACUCCAUUCCUCAAACAAACGAAUCAUCCAAGAAGCAGUUACAGCGAUAUCUUAUAUUGUGUCGGAUUCAGAAGACAACAAGUACGCCAUCGUGGCAGACCGUGGUCUUGAGGAUCUUGCACAUGCUGCUUACAACAGCUCUGUCUUGACGCAACGCUUCAUUGCUGGAAUCUACCUGGAACUUGUAUUCAACUCCGAAAUCCGAUCUCAAAUUGCUUCACAAAAUUCACCAACCAAAGCGCUUCUGCACAUGUGCAGUUUCAAGGAUAAUGAGACGAUGCGCCUGGCACUGCAGACUUUGGAGCUGAUAGCAAUUGAAAGCGCUGAUGUGAUUCUAAGUCAGGAGAAUCUACUGCCUGACCUGUUAAACAUUCCAAAGAAUACGCUUGAUGCUUCCAUCUAUCUGUUAGCUGGUAAAAUACUGUUAUAUGUUGCAGAGGAUAGCACGUCUUGCGAGAAGAUGUUAAAUACCGAAUCCGUAAAGGAGACCCUUUUUCAGUUUGCGAAGACCGAUGACCCAAUAUUGCAGAAAGUUGUUGCUAAAAUGAUUCUCUGUACCUUGGACAAUAGAGACCUCGCCAUCAAGGCCCAGGAUAUGAAACUGCAAGAUAUUCUAGUAUAUAUACGCAACAAUUCCGGUGAUCGUGAUGCAUGGAACAUGGCCGACCAAGGUAUCGCAUUAUUUAACAAUAACGACUUCCGGAAGUACCAACCUGUGCCGCCAUCCUCAGAGAGCUUUGGCUCUACCACAUCCCUGAGGAACCCAAAGCCUUUAGGCUAUAGUCAAGGUUCUUCGAUUUCUCUAUCAAAAGAGGCUAGAAUGAUGGGUUCUCAGAGCUCGAUGCUGGAGAAGGUCAAGAUGGGUUCCAGAUUGUCAUUAAGAACUCAGUCAGCUGUUGGCAGUAGGUCUAGCCUCCAAUCAAAAUAAUUCAGUUAAAAUAUUGUCUCAUCAAAAUUUGGGGAAACAAUUUUUUUUUGUCAUUUAAUGACAUAUUGGUCAUAGUAUGAUCAAGGUUAGCUGAGGAGCAACCAAAAUGUACCAAGAUAAUUAUAUAUAUAUUUUUUUUUUUCGAAAAAGAAGUAACUAAUCAAUAUAUUACCGAUAGAAAUGAAAAAGAAUAUAGAAUUUAACUUUCCAACGAACAUUAAAAAAAUUGUAAAAAAGGUGUCUACAUCAAGCUAUAGGGCAAUUCUUCCAGCAUAUCCUAAAAGGCUGGCUGAUAUUCAAGGGUCUCAUUAAAUAAAAAUAAAAAUAAAUUUGUCUAAGUAUUAGUGGGAGUAGAACUUUUUAAUACCCUUUAAUAAGCUUACUAUCAGUUGUACUGUACUUAAUUUUGAUCAUGUUUUUAAAACUUCAUAGCAAAUCAUGGUUUUUAUAUUGCUGUGGACAAAAAUUGUACCUUCUUGGGUAGUAAAUACAAUGUGUACAUAUUAUUUAUAUCAUUGACAACACCCCUGUGGUAUACAGCUGCAUUCGAGAUUGUCCGUUAUUUUAUACGGAUUAUCUUUUCUGUAUGAAUGUAUACCAUAGGUUGAGUGGCAUUAUAUAUUAUUAUAUAGAGUAUUAGGUUUUCGUAGUCAACAGACACUAAUUGUUCAGAUUUUAAUCAUUACUGUACACUAUCAGACAAGUUUCAUCAAACAUUGUCUAAUCUGUGUAAAUUCCAAUAAUGAUCUGUACAGCCUAGAAGAUUUACUCGGGCUCGUUAAAAAGAUAGUUGACAUUAACAGAAGAUACUUGUAAAACAAGCUCCUGGGGCUAGGCUAUAGGUCAAUGUCAUUCAAGGCAAUAGUUAAAAAACCUCACAAGGGAAGAUAAAAUGUAAAUGGAACAAUAUUAUUGCACUCCAAUACAUCAGUAGGGAAUUAAGAUUAAAUUACUGUAUUAUAUUCAGAAUUGCCUUCAGAUAACAAUUCCCAUCCAUUGUGUGAAAUAAUACUAUGAUUACUAAUAACACAAAUUAUUCAACUAAAGAUAUUUGUAAAUACAGUAUAGAAGAAAAUGUAGUAUUAAAAUUUAAAGAAGAAUGCUUGCUGAAACAUUCCAUGUAUCAUGAAUUCUAAUUGUAUAUUUAUUUUAAGUCACUUUGAAAGGAAAAUUUAUUGCAAAAAGAUAUGGAUUGUAUGCAGAUUUGCAGAUCCUACUGAACUAUUUAUAUGUGAAUAUUGUACAAGUAGUUUGGAAAUAAAAAUAACAAAAAACAAAAAAA